UGCGAGGUCGAAGCCUUUCGUCUCGUCUCGUCGCGAAAGGUGCAGGGUUUUAGUGCGUUCUCUUAUUAUUGGUAUCCUCAGAGCGUGUGCGAUUUCAUGUGUUUCGUGUGUGAUUUCCUUGUUGUGAAAGAAUUGAUUUGUGUGAAGGAAAGAGGUGGCGACGUCGUGUUCCGUUUGUGAUGACGAAUUUAGAAGAUAAAGUAUUUCCGACGAAAAGUUCGUUCUUAUUAAAUGCAACUGAGAGAAAAAAUGUGCUUGAACUCAUUGCCUCUUGCUAAGCGUUAGUCUCUGCGACUGAGCGACAAAAUGACCCUUUCCCCGCAAGACUGAGCAGGCAGAUCCCCUUCAGAAAAUGGCUUUGCAAACGCAGUCCUCCUUCUGGCUCAACUUCGACACCCUGAGGAGAAGUCGCAGAAGGAACACCAUCUGGGCGUCCUUCCUCUCGCCCUACGACCUCCCGCUGACCUCGGAGGGAGGCCUCCUUCAGAGCACACUGAGCCGCGACGCUCGGACGUCCCGCUCGCUGCCGCCCCGCUCGCCGCGCGCGAAGAGGCGAGGCGCAGCUUCUCCUGCACCCCUAGGGCCCUCCUGGUCCCUACGUGAGCGCCAUCACGCCGCGGCCACCGUCCUGCCGCGGGCAGAUGGCGAGGCUGGCGUCCGGGGCGGCGACGGGCGGUGUACCUCCUGCACCGCCGAGAAGAAGAAGAAGAAAAAGAUGUCGAAGAAGAAGAAGCCCUCGAAGUCCGCCGAGAUCCCGGAGGGCUCCUCGGCCUGCCGCUGCGCCCCAGGAUUCUGGGAGCAGCAGAGGCUUCUCUCCAGGAUCAGCAGGUCCUCCGACGAGCUCUCCAGGGUGAAGCGGAGCUACUUGGAGGAACUGGACCUGUGCCGCGUCGGCCUCUACGCGUCUAGGUCGGACGAGUCCCUGAACAGCUUCGGCCUCGAAGGCCCUGGCGGCGCCGACGUGUGGCCCGAGGCCGCCGAGAGGGAAGGGAGGGCGCUCGCGCACUUGCACGGGUCGCUCACCACCGGCCGCAGGAGGAGCGAACAGCGACGCCGCGACGCCUUGGGAGAGCAAGAGUCGGAAUUCGGCGAGCGGAGAGGCGAGCGGACGAGGAGAUCGGGCCAGCAGCAGCGACUCUCCAGGAGGAGCACAAGGGCCGCCGCCAGGGUUCCUGCUGGGGACGACCAUCCCGCCGUCACCGUCCGGCCCGGCUACCGCCUGCCCAGGUCGCGGAGCUGCGGCGCCAGGGCCUGCCAGCGGGUCGCGUCGCCGCCGCGGGAGGGCAGCGGGAGCCCCCGCUGGAGGAGCUCGGCGUGCCUCGGGCCGGAGCGGAGGGGCGUUUCUCGGGCCCUGUCGGCGGAGCCAGAGGACAGCGAGGCUUUGGGGCUCGUCGGGGACAUCCCUCCGAUCUCGCAACUGCGGUUCAACAAAUACAACUUCCGGAGGCGCAGGCCGGACCGGCUGGAGCUGCCCACGGACCCAGUCGCUCCCCAGGGCGCGGGUCGGCACCUUCUGCCGGAUUCCUGGAACCUCGGCUCCUUCGACGCAAGGCCCAGGGGCAGCGGCCCGGGGCGAUGCGAGUGCGGGUGCGCGCGGGCGGCGGCCCCGCAGCAGGAGCGUGCCGCGGCCCCGAAGGCCUCGCGCAGUCUGCUCCUGAAGACGUUCAGCUUCCGGUCGAAGAGCGUCGACCGCGCCAAGGCCUCGAUUCCCUCGCCGGCGCCGCGCGAAUGCAGGGCGAGCGACGCUGGGCGCUGCCCCCUGUGCGGGCCGCGCGGCGCUGCGGUGCUGGGCGAGGAGGCGGACGGACGGAGUCGCGGCCUCAUCUUCGACGGGGCGAGCAGCGCGCGCACGGGCUCCUUCCCGAACUCGCUGGUGGCGCGACACGACGCUCACGCUUCUAGGGAUCGCAGAAGUCAGUCGAGUGGAGCUCAUUCUUGGUCCAGUCCAGAGGUCCCAAACCUUGGCACACUAGAAGUGUAUGCUAGGGUCCUGUGGCACACCGGUUCUGUGUAUAUACGAAGAGAAUGUUUUCUACAUGUACAGCUAGUAUAUUCGCGGGGAAAUAGACAAACUGCUGUUACUCCUCUCCUUGAUCUCUGCUGGAAUUCUCUAGAUCUCAAGGACACCCAAGAACUGAACGAAAAGCAUCGCCAGUUUCCGAGCUUAUUCUCCUGUUUCAGGGCCUCCCCCUCACGCAGGGAGCGACGCGGGGCCGCGGCAUUCCUGCGUGGAUAUGCCCUUGGUGAACGUCCCCCAGAUCCGGCUUCCAACAAUACGGCUUUGUCACCCGCCCUCGGCCGCGCGCUCCCCCCGGCCUCGGAAAACGCGCCGAGGAAAGCAGUCAGUCAGGCGGUGAAUAAAGACAUGCUUAAAUGCAGAGAUGAAAGCGAACGGCCUCUUCGGAGGGACACUUUGGCCGAACUGCUGACGCUGCGGCCGUCUCUCCUUCCAUCCUAA